GGGGGCGCGGGGCGCCGAGCUGCGCGCUGGGGCUGGGGCGCACAUCUUCCACCACCGACGAGCGCGGGCUGCGGUUCUCCUGGCCUCGGCUGGUUGCGCCCGGCCUGCCCGCCUCCGGAGCCGCCUCUGCCCACGGAUGGGCUGGGGAAGUGGGGAGGAGCGAGCCGGAGCCCGCGCGGGGCGCGCCCAGCCGCUGCCUGACUCGGCGCCCGCAGUCCGGGCGCAGCGCGCCAGCCGCAGGAGCGCGGAUGCCCCCCGGAGCCGCGGGCUGGCAGGUUUGGGGUCCUGAGGCUGCCAGCGGACUAUGGGUACUACGGCCAGCACAGCCCAGCAGACGGUUUCGGUGGGCGCCCCCUUCGAGGGCCUCCACGGGGGCGGCACGAUGGACAGUCAGCACUCACUCAGUGUCCACUCCUUCCAGACCACAGGCUUGCACAACAGUAAGGCCAAGUCCAUCAUCCCCAACAAAGUGGCCCCCGUCGUGAUCACGUACAACUGUAAGGAGGAGUUCCAGAUCCAUGAGGAGCUGCUCAAGGCCCAUUACACGCUGGGCCGGCUCUCAGACGCCACCCCCGAGCACUACCUGGUGCAGGGACGCUACUUCCUGGUGCGGGAUGUUGCUGAGAAGAUGGAUGUACUGGGCACUGUGCGGAGCUGUGGGGCCCCCAACUUCCGGCAAGUGCGGGGUGGCCUCACCGUGUUUGGCAUGGGACAGCCCAGCCUCUCUGGUUUCAGGCGGGUCCUCCAGAAACUCCAGAAAGAUGGACACAGGGGGUGCAUCAUCUUCUGUGUGCGGGAGGAGCCCGUGUUGUUUCUGCGUGCUGAGGAGGACUUCGUGCCCUACACGCCUCGGGAUAAGCAGAAUCUUCAUGAGAACCUCCAGGGCCUGGGACCUGGGAUCCGGGCAGAGAGCUUAGAGCUGGCCAUCCGGAAAGAGAUCCAUGACUUUGCCCAGCUGAGUGAGAACACGUACCACGUCUACCACAACGUCGAGGACCUGCUGGGGGAGCCCCACGCUGUGGCCAUCCGGGGCGAGGACGAUGUGCACGUGACCGAGGAGGUGUAUAAGCGACCCCUCUUCCUGAGGCCCGCCUACAGGUACCACCGCCUGCCCCUGCCAGAGCAAGGGGCCCCCCUGGAAGCCCAGUUUGAUGUCUUUGUGAGUGUCCUCCGGGAAACCCCCAGCCUGCUGCAGCUCCGAGAUGACCACGGGCCUCCCCCUGCUCUCCUCUUCAGCUGCCAGACAGGCGUGGGCAGGACCAAUCUGGGAAUGACCCUGGGUACCCUCAUCUUGUUUCACCACAGCGGGGCUGCCUCGAGGCCGGAGGCUGUACCCCUGCAGACCAAGCCACUGCCCCUGGAGCAGCUCCAGCUGAUCCAGAGCUUUCUCCACAUGGUGCCUCAGGGGAGGAAGAUGGUGGAUGAGGUGGACAGAGCCAUCACUGCCUGUGCGGAGCUGCAUGACCUGAAGGAGGUCAUCUUGGAACACCAGAGGAAGCUGGAAGGCCCCCGGCCAGAGAGCCCAGCCCAGGAUGGCCCCGAGCCCUGUCUUCACCACCCACCCCGCUUCUGGGUCACCUCCUCUCAGGGAAGCUGCAGCCAGCACGGUGUCCCGCAGAGGGCGCUGCAGAGCCUGGAGCGAUACUUCUACCUGAUCCUGUUUAACUACUAUCUCCACGAGCAGUACCCGCUGGCCUUUGCCCUCAGUUUCAGCCGCUGGCUCUGUGCCCAUCCUGAGCUGUACCGCCUGCCUGUGACUCUGAGCUCAGCGGGGUCUGUGGCCCCCGGGGACCUCGUCACUAAGGGCUCUCUGGGGGCGGACGACCUCAUCUCUCCAGACGCACUCAGCACUGUCAGAGAGAUGGAUGUGGCCAACUUUCGACGGGUGCCCCGCAUGCCCAUCUAUGGCACAGCCCAGCCCAGCGCCAAGGCCCUGGGGAGCAUCCUGGCCUACCUGACUGAUGCCAAGAGGAAGCUACGGCAUGUCGUGUGGGUCAACCUGAGGGAGGAGGCCGUGCUGGAGUGUGACGGGCAUACCCACAGCCUGCGGUGGCCUGGGCCCCCCAUGGCCUCCGACCAGCUUGAGAACCUGGAGUCCCAGCUGAAGGCCCACCUGAGUAUGCCUCUCCCGGGCACGGGGGGUGCACCGACCCGCAAGUUCCAGACAUGCCUCACCACGCGGGAGGUCUUCACCCAGCACCGUGGGGCCUACCCCGGCCUCACUUACCACCGCAUCCCCCUGCCAGACUUCUGCGCCCCCUGUGAGCAGGAUUUUGACCGACUGCUCGAGGCUCUGCGGGCUGCCCUCGCCAAGGACCCGGGCACUGGCUUCGUGUUCAGCUGCCUCAGUGGCCAGGGCCGGACCACGACCGCCAUGGUGGUGGCCGUGCUCGCCUUCUGGCACAUCCAGGGCUUCCCCGAGGUGGGCGAGGAGGAGUUCGUGAGUGUGCCUGAUGCCAAGUUCACCAAGGGCGAGUUUGAGGUGGUGAUGAAGGUGGUGCAGCUGCUACCUGACGGGCACCGCAUGAAGAAGGAGGUAGAUGCGGCCCUGGACACAGUCAGUGAGACCAUGACCCCCAUGCAUUACCACCUGCGGGAGAUCAUCAUCUGCACCUACCGCCAGGCAAAAGCGGCCAAAUCGGAGCCGGAGGCCGGGAGGUUGCUGCUGCGGGGCCUGCAGUACCUGGAGCGCUACGUGUACCUGGUGCUCUUCAACGCUUACCUCCACCUGGAGAAGGCUGACUCCUGGCAGAGGCCCUUCAGCUCGUGGAUGCGGCAGGUGGCAUCGAAGGCCGGAGUCUAUGAGAUCCUCAACCAGCUGGGCUUCCCCGAGCUCGAGAGCGGGCAGGACCAGCCCUUCUCCAGGCUGCGCUGCCGGUGGCAGGAGCAGAGCCGCUGGCCCGAGCCCUCCGCCGCUGGGGACUUCCUGUAGGUUGGGCUCCCUGCCCCACCCCUGCCCCUGCCUGCCCCUGCCCCGGCCCCUACCCGCCUCCUCCUACGGAGCUCCAUGCAGGCUGGGGAUGCUCCAGGUGCUCUUCACGGGGAGUGGUGCCGAGGAACCCAGGCCCCCGGAGAGACUGGGGCGGGGUUGGGACCCUGUUUUAAAAAGAGCUUUUUAUAGGACGAGUAGUGCACGGUUACACUUGUGAACAACAGGCGCGCGUGCUUUGCAGACCGCAGACGGCUUCCAGGGAGCUCGGUCCCCAAGUAGCCGAGCAGAGCUACUCGCUGCGGCCACGCGCACCCUCCUCGGCCACCUCACAGUGGUCCUGACAGCCUGGGGUGUGGAGCCGGUUUCCUGCUUGCUUUCUCUUGCUGCCCUCCCCGCUUGGCCUCUCCCCUAUUGCUGCCUGAGCACUGCCCUGGGGCCCCUGGUCCCUGGGGAACAGACAGGGCUCUGGUGGAUUUGUCACCUCAGUGGCAGCUUCACCCAGUUUCCUUGCCUCUCGUGCCCCAUCUCCAACCUGGAGACCCCGAGAAGCGCAACGGCGUGGCCUGCUGGGUCUGGCGGAGGCUCUGCCGCUCCUUCCUUCCCUCCCCCUCCCCUGGGGCUGGCGGGACUGUGGAGGUCCCCAAGGAGCUAGAAGGGAGGAGUCCCUCUCGGGAGGAAGGAGCUUCUAGAAGAUGGGUGCAGCCCUAUGGAAGAGGCCUGCCCCAGUUCCCAGGGAGCCAGGGCGGGCAGUGCUAAGGAAGCCCAGGCUCCCUGCAGCUGGUUCUACCACACUUUCCCCGCCCUGGCUGCCCAGGUGGCCCCAGGUCCCCUUCUGCUGCAGCAGGAGCCCCGAGGACCGCUGGGGGGCCCUGAGUGAACAGCGGAGCAUGCGAGUGGGCUAAGGGGGGUUCCAGGCCAUCCUGGCUGAGGACCCCUGAGCUUCCCUCCAGAGGGACCAGAGGGGCCGAGGGUUGAGGAGCGGGAGGCCUCAGGAGCAGCUCUGUCCCCACCGUGGGAAGGCUGCUGGAAGGGCCGGCCCUGUGGAGGUGAGUCGUGCAGCUCUUCCUCUGGGGACCACUGUCCGCCGAAGCCCCGGGGGCUGACCGGUGUGGAGGCUGCCCCCCUGGGCCUGGCUCGUGGCGGCCUGGGAGCCCUCCCUGGUUGGACGCAUGCACUUCUGCAGAAAACCAGUGGACACGUCUCUGGUCUCAGGAGGAGAGGCCAGAGUUGUUCACAUCUACCUAGUAGUGGAAAAUAUUUGGCCAUCUUGGCUGAAAUCUUCUGCAAAACUACUGUAUGUCUGUUCACUACCUUUUUGGAUUUGUUUUUGUUUUUAUUUUUGCAUGAAUUAAAAAGUUUUCAUUUCUUUGCAGACAAAGUCUAGAUGAGGGGUCACAGAUCAGGCUGAACUGGGAGGGAUCCUCUGUGUUCUCACAGUUGACCCUGACUUUCAGCUGUGCUGGGACCACGGGCUGGUCACUUUGCCUCUCUGCCUCAGUUUCCCCAUUUGUAAAAUGGGAGAAUAAUACUUGCCUACCUACCUCACAGGGGUGUUGUGAGGACUCAUUUGUGACUUUAUUUUGUACAGAGCUUUUGAGCAUUAAAAAUGGCUAAAUUAAA